GCUACAUCAUCUCUCUGUCUCUUUAAAUAUGCAUACAGAAGCGAAAACAUUCAAACUUGCGGCAGAAAGAAUAUGGCAGAAAAGAAGUUCAUUGUGGAGAUUGAAAAAGCAAAAGGCGGUAAAGAUGGUAGGCCAUCGGUUGGACCAGUUUACAGAAAUGUGUUGGUGAAGGAUGGAUUUAGGCCACUGGCUCAAGGCCUUGAGAGUUGCUGGGAUAUCUUUCGUGGAUCUGUAAAGAAAUACCCGAAUCACCGAAUGCUUGGUGAGCGCGAAAUCGUUAAUGGGAAGGCAGGUAAAUAUGUGUGGUUAACUUACAAAGAAGUACAUGAUUUAGUUUUACAAGUUGGAGUCUCCAUUCGCAGUUGUGGUGUAGGUCAGGGAGGUAGAUGUGGAAUCUACGGUGCCAAUUGCUCGAACUGGGUGAUAAGUAUGCAGGCCUGCAAUGCUCAUGGUCUUUAUUGCGUGCCGCUAUAUGAUACUUUAGGUGCUGGUGCAGUCGAAUAUAUCAUCUGUCAUGCUGAGCUUUUGUUAGUAUUUGUAGAGGAAAACAAGAUUUCCGAGGUGUUGAAAACAUUUCCUAACACCCAAAAAUACUUGACAACUCUUGUAAGCUUUGGAAAAGUUACUUUGGAGCAGGAGGACAUGGCAGGAAAUUUUGGCGUGAAAUUAUAUUCUUGGAAUGACUUUUUGCUUCUGGGAUUGAACAAGAAAUUUGAUAUUCCAAUUAAGAAGAAGACAGAUAUCUGCACAAUAAUGUACACAAGUGGAACGGCAGGUGAUCCAAAAGGAGUAAUGAUUACCAAUGAGAGUAUCCUUUCUAUCAUUUCUGGAGUGAAUCACCAUCUGGAAAGCAUGAAUGAAGAGUUUAGUGAGACGGAUGUAUAUUUGUCCUAUCUCCCUUUAGCACACAUAUUUGAUCGAGUCAUUGAGGAACUAUUUAUCUCAAAAGGUGCUUCAAUUGGAUUUUGGCAUAAGGACAUUAAACAGUUGAUUGAUGACAUCAAAGAGUUAAAGCCAACUAUUAUGUGUGCAGUACCUCGUGUGUUAGACAGGAUAUAUUCAGGUUUGGUAGAAAAGAUUUCCUCAAGUGGAGCCAUCAAACAUGCAUUGUUCAACCUUGCUUAUUCCUACAAACUGCAUAACAUGAGUAAAGGCUAUAAGCAUGUAGAAGCAGCUCCAGUAUUCGACAAAAUUGUUUUCAGCAAGGUGAAAGAAGGUCUAGGAGGGAAAAUACGUCUUAUCCUUUCUGGUGCAGCACCUCUUUCUUCCAACGUAGAAACAUUUUUACGAGUUGUGACAUGCGCUCAUGUUCUCCAAGGAUAUGGUUUAACAGAAACCUGUGCUGGAUCAUUCGUUGCACGACCAGAUGAAAUGUCUAUGAUCGGUACAGUAGGCCCUCCAUUGCCAAUUGUGGACGUCUGCCUGGAAUCUGUUCCUGAAAUGGGGUACGAUGCCCUUUCAUCUACUCCUCGUGGAGAGAUAUGUAUAAGGGGAAAGUGCUUGUUCUCAGGAUACUACAAGCGUGAAGAUCUCACCAAAGAGGUUCUCUUUGAUGGAUGGUUUCAUACAGGGGAUAUUGGUGAAUGGCAGGCCGAUGGGAGCUUGAAGAUAAUUGAUCGCAAGAAAAACAUUUUCAAGCUUUCUCAAGGAGAAUAUAUAUCGGUUGAGAAUCUGGAAAGCAUUUACUCCCUUGCAUAUAAUAUCGACGCGAUAUGGAUCUACGGCAAUAGCUAUGAGUCAUUUCUUGUUGCUGUUGUCAACCCAAGUAUGGAAGCUCUUCAACACUGGGCAGAAGCAAAUGGAAUCGCUGGAGAUUUCAAUAGCUUAUGUGAAAAUCCAAAAGCGAAAGCAUAUGUUCUUGGAGAACUGAACAAGAUCGGAAAAGAAAAAAAGUUAAAGGGAUUUGAGUUUAUCAAAGAUGUCCACCUUGACCCGACACCAUUUGAUAUGGAGCGCGAUCUUCUGACACCAACGUACAAGAAGAAGAGAGCCCAAUUUUUCAAAUAUUACAAGAAUGUCAUUGAAGAAAUU